GGGGACGGACCUCCGUCAUAUCACAUGGUCGCCCAUUUCUUGCGAGCACUUUGGUCAGUUGGUCUUCUCUCUCGGAUCGCGGUUGGGGGGUUGCGGAAUGGGAGCAAAGGCGGAGGAGUGUGAGGUGCCGCCGCUGGCUGCGAACGCGGAGGAGGCAGCUUCCACCAAUCAGUGCACCCUCAUCUUCAAAGGCUGCUGUAAAGAUAAACCACAAGCUGAGGAUCUCAUGUGUCGUUGUAUAUGAUCUGAUAUUAGCCCCAUUCCAACAGCAUGGAAAAAGUCUACGCCAUCAGCAGUCCUAGUAAGAAAAGAAAAUCACAGUAUGAGCUGAGUGAUCCAAAGUUGCUACCACUUAAAUGCAAGUUUCGCAAACGGUUAUAUUGCCAGGAUGAUGAGUCUGCAACCACAGAAAGUUUAGGAUAUGAUGGUAUUUUCAUGAACAAGACCUCUGGGACGGACAUGGUCAGCAUACCUGAAGAAUUGGACUCUUGUGAGAACACUAUAAGCCUGUUUUGUGGAUGCAUUGAAGUUGACUCAAAAAAUGGAAUUCAGGAACAAUCUUUGAGAAAAAUGUUUGAGAUCCGGACAUCUGCAUCCAGUAGCUCGAGCAACAAUUUUUCAUCAGAGGCUUUUAGUUCUUCCCAUAGCAGCGGCACGAGAGACACUGACAGCUGGGCUAUGGACGAUAUAGAGCGUCAUCAUCCAUAUGUGAUGCUGAAACCGCAUAAUGACGACCUUGAAAGGAUAUUCAACGUGCUUGAACAGUAUGAUGACCUAAUGGAGGACGAACUAAUGGCUGGCGAUGUUUUUGGUUCUGCUGCUCAGGUCAUGGAUGAAAAGCUUUACUCGAAUAGCGUUGACGAUUUUCAGAUUUUGCCAACAGGUCAGACUGGCUAUCACGGUGAGAAGAAGCUAACCAUCGAUCAAGAAUUUGAGCAGUAUUUUGCGAACCUCAUGCUGUAGGAUCGAGUGGAUAAUUUUGUGACAGAAAUGGCGUUGCGACAUCCAAACAUGGUUUGCUUGCUGAGCAAAGUGGCGAACCUUGGCUACCAUUGGAGCUAUCGUUCUAUGGUGCUGUUUGGUAACAUAAAUGGUAAUGAUAAUAAUUCACACCUGAGUACCAACGACCCGAGUACCAACGGUAACAAGUUUAAAUAGGUCGAUAUUAGUUCUUAGUGUGGUAUCUGAUUACGAUUGGAUUUAAACAAACAUAAUUUAAUGUUUAUCGGUUACUUAUUACAUUACAAAUAUGUGAACCAAACGGCACAUAUUUGUACACCGAGUCCUAUCACUUAAUGUAUAUACGUGUGAAAUGUGUAUCUUUUCCAGCUUGUCCAUCAAAUGUUGGCAUCAUGAUGUAUGUUAACGUGUGCAGAUAAGAACAUGUCUAUGCAAUAUAGUAAUAGUGCAUUCCUUCUA